AGUUAUUCCUACUUUUAUUUUAGCGACAUAAUACUACAGUGACUACCAAAUAUUUUAGUCAAACUACAUGUUUUAAUAAUUCUAACGUACAAAUGACUGGUGGUAAAAGCACUCGCCGUAGGAAGAAGAUAUCGCAUACAAAUGUGGUAAAUGAGUUGAGUAAACCCAACAGUCCACUUCUGAAUGGACAUCCAAUUAAUGCGUGCAAAACCAUAAUCUUUGUUGUUAUUCUCGCUUUCAUCACACUGGGUUUAUACCUUACGUGGUUGUAUAUCAACUCUCCAAUAUCGGCUGUUCCUGUUGAUGACAUCAGAGUAGUACCGCAAUUGUCAACUUGGUUAAACGGAGAAAAUACUUUGCUGCAGAAUGGAAUAAGGUUUUUACCGGAACUAGAAGCACCAGAAUCGAUUGCGACAGAUCAAGAAGGGAAAUUGUAUGCAGGACUUGCGGAUGGGAGGAUUGUAAAAAUAUCUGAUGACGACAACGGCAAUCGAGAGAUAAUUGAUUUAACUGAGGGAUUCGAUUUUGCAGAGAAUAGUGAACGUCAAGGAAAACGCCCCCUCGGUCUGCGUAUAGUGAAUUCAACAUUGUAUUUUGCUGACGCUGUCCAAGGUGUAUUUCAAAUAGAUUUGAAGACCAGGAAAUGGGGUAAAGUGGUCGCUUAUAAUGAUAUUAAUUCCCAUAUAAUCUACGCAAAUGAUCUGACAAUUACCGCGGACGGAACAACAAUGUAUUUCACUGAUAUUAGUAAACGGUGGAGUUACACCGACAUACAGAAAUCGAUACUAGAAAUGGAGUGCAGUGGCCGGAUUUUAGAAGUUGAUUUAACAACGAAUAGCAUCACCAAAGUCGUUUUUGAGGGACUGUGUGUUCCGAACGGUAUUGAACUGGAUCAUACAGAAUCCAAGUUGCUUGUUUCAGAAAAUAGUCGACGAAGAAUAACAGUUAUUGACCGAAAGUAUGGCAAGAUUACGAAGCAUGUCCAUCUUCCAGGCGGAACGGACAAUAUACGGCGCAGUCAUAAUGGAGGAUAUUGGGCACCGGUUCCCUUUUUAUCGAGACCUAUUUUUGAUUUUAUUCUGCGUUUUCCAACAAUCCGAAACAUAUUAGCGAGCAUUCUAGACCUCGAGGGUCUACUGGAAUGUAAUGUGGGCGUUGUCAUAAAACUAGAUGAUAAUUUCGAACCUGUUUAUGUAUAUUACGAUAUUGAGGGCAAGGUUGCCAGAUUCGUUACGCAGGUAACGGAACUCAAUAAUGGAGACUUGGUCCUUGGUUCGUAUUUGGCAAAUGGAAUCGUCAAACUCGACAGAAAGUUCAUCAAUGGGUAAACCUUGUAUGUAUUUUCGACAAUUCUUAUGCCACUGAGGAGAAUAAAACUAUCUUUUAAAAUGUGUAAAUUGUGUCAGCAACACCAGGUGUUUGCAAUUUGCGGGUACGUGUCACAUUGACAUAAUUAUCUAUCUCGAAACCUCAAAGCUUUGCACCGCGGGACGCAUAAUAUCAAUUGAGCUUAAAAUACCAAGAAAGACAAUGAACUUGGAGUUUUCGUGGCGUAGUGAAAUGAAAUGAACUAGAAGCCGUUUGGAGUGUAUUAUUAAGAAUAUACAAUGCAAUGUGGUAUUUUUUUUAUCAAGCGUCCUGGCAUCAAAAUCAUCAAGGGUCGAUUGGUAAAUUAGCUUGUGUAUUAUAUGUAAAUAUAUAUAUCUCGAAAUAUUCAGGAAAUUAUCAAAUACUCUCUUUUUCCUAAUGAUAUAUAUAUUCGUACUACCAUCCUUGGUCAUAAUAUGACAAUAAUAGUUAUUUUCGGACUAUUUUACGUUUAUGUUCAUGUUUUGUGAAGUAUUCCCGCACUAACUAAAAUCAUUUUAGG